AUGGUACGUCUUCUUCUCGUAGAACCUGGUGGUGAUCACCUGGGAGGUGGUUCCAUUUCCAUCAUACUAGCAAUUGGUCUGUUCCUCUCAGUUUCAGCUCUUGUAGCGUUAUUAUGUGCCAAGCACUCCACUCGCCGCGUGCGUAGACGACAAAUGCAUGACAAUAGUAACAACUCCCCGUUAGCGUCGCCGACAAGAAUUAGCGACAAGACAAUUGAUCGAUUAUUCAAGAAUAAUAAGAAAGAUAGUGAUGAUCAAGGCAGCAAAGCUGAAAUCAUCAGGGUUCAAGAGGUGGAAGGAGGAUUUGGAGAAGGUGGUGUGUGGCAGAAAUCAAUCUUGAUGGGUGAGAGAUGUCGUCCGCCGGAGUUUUCAGGCGUAAUGUAUUAUGAUAGCCAUGGGAAUCAAGUAUCUGAGAUGCCAAGGUCACCAAGGGCUAAUCACUUGCCAAGUUUUUCAUUUCCUAUUGUCAAAGAUACCAAUUAUUAA